CAGCGCUACCGCGUGUGCAAGCCGCACCUGCAGUCGCCGGCCAUGGUGGUGGACGGCGUGGUGCAGCGCUUCUGCCAGCAGUGCGGCCGCUUCCAUCUGCUCCGCGAGUUUGACGGAGACAAGAGGAACUGCCGCGCGCGGCUGCAGCAGCACAACAGCCGUCGGCGCAAG